CCCCCCCCCCCAAAAAAAAAAUCACGCCUUAGAGGAUUGAUUUUUAUUUGUGCGUGUAAGUGUUUUUUGUUGUUUUUUAUUUUUAUUUUUUAAAGAUGAACUCCGCUCGCCUCUUUUUGUGAUCCCGGUUCGGAUCGACGCAAUCCAAAAAAAAAAAAAAAAAAAAAAAAGGAGGGGAAAAGGAGCGGGAGGCGAGUGAGACGCAGCCGAGAGAUGUGAGGAGGUGAUGCGGGUGUUUUCCAGCCGAGCCUCGGCGCAGGGGUCGCGUUUCAGCACCGGGGGAGAAGGGACAGCUCCUCACGCCGCAGCGCGCCAGCGGGAGAAGAAGGCGCUCAUUUGUUCCUUGUUUUUUUUUUUUUUUUUUUUUUUUUCCCCGCCAAGGUCAGAUCAUGUUUGGACUCUUCAUCUUUCAAGCCCGAUUGACCCAGUGAGACGGCGAGGACGACAAAAGACGACCUCAUCCGACCUUCCUCUGGGGGACCGACUCGACCGAACGCACGUCCCGAGACCCCGGGGAUGACUUGAGAAAAAUGCUGCUCUGGGUCGUCCUGCUGAACGCGGCUCUCUGUGUUGCCAGCGGGAACGUGACAAGGGACGUCUGUAAGGAGCAGAUCUGCUCCUGCGACGAGGUGGAGGGCGACGUGCACAUCGGCUGCGAGAAGCGGAGCUUCACCACGCUGCAGCACCUCGCCGGGCCCAGCUCGCAUUUCUACCACUUGCUGCUGCACGGCAACUCUCUGUCCAGGCUCUUCCCCAACGAGUUCGCCAACUUUUACAACGCCGUCAGCUUGCAUUUGGAGAGCAACGGGCUGCACGACAUCGUCCCCGGUGCCUUUCUGGGGCUGCAGCUGGUCAAAAGGCUGCACAUAAACAACAACAAGAUCCGCUCCUUCCGGAAGAGCACGUUCCUAGGACUGGACGACUUGGAGUACCUCCAAGCUGAUUUUAAUCUCCUGAGGGACAUUGACCCGGCCGUGUUCCGGGAUCUGAAUAAACUUGAAGUGUUGAUACUUAACGACAACCUCAUCAGUGCGCUGCCCAUAAACGUGUUCCAGCAUGUGCCCAUUACGCAUCUCGACCUGCGAGGGAACCGGAUCAAAACGGUGCCUUACGAGGGGAUCCUCGAGCAGAUCCCAGGCAUCGUGGAGGUCCUGCUGGAGGACAACCCGUGGGACUGUAACUGCGACUUGGUCUCCCUCAAGGAGUGGCUGGAGAACAUACCCCCCAACGCGCUCAUCGGCAGGGUGGUCUGCGAGGCCCCCACCAGGCUGCAAGGCGGAGACCUGAACGAAACCUCCGAGGCGGAGCUGUGUCCCUCGCAGAACGGCGGGGCCGACACCAGCCUGGCGGCCCCUCCCACCCAGGACGAGGCGUCGGAGCCGGUGGCGCACAAUGGCCCGCGUCCCACGCCGACGCCCGGCGGCCACGGCGCCAAAAGCCGCUCCAAAUCCCGCGAGAACUGGCAGCUCAAGAUCAAACCCACCACCGGCGCGGGCGGGGAGCCGCUGCACAACGCCACCUGCCCCCAACCGUGCAACUGCAAGCUGGUGGGCUCCAGGCAGGGUCUGGGGGUCAACUGCGAGGGCAAGAAGAUCGAGAGCUUAGCCAACCUCAAACCGAGGCCGCAGCUGGCCCACGAACUGAACAUGCGAGACAACAACAUCCACGCGGUGAAAAGGAGCCAGCUGCUCGGCUACGCCAGCCUCAACCUGCUCGAUCUGGGCGGCAACAACAUCAAGGCCAUCGACAACGGAACCUUUCAAAACCAGACGGAGCUGCGGUGGCUGUACAUGGAUAAGAACUACCUGGAUACUCUCGUGGCCGAGAUGUUCGUGGGCCUGCUCAACCUGGAAUAUCUCAGUUUGGAAUACAACGACAUCCAGCUGGUGGUGGCCGGCGCCUUCAGCCCCAUGCCCAACUUGAGGGUUCUGUUCCUGAACAACAACUUGCUCAAGUCUUUGCCAGUGGAUGCUUUCCUCGGGAUUUCUUUGUCCAAAAUCAGCCUGCAUAACAAUUACUUCUCGUACCUGCCAGUGGUCGGCGUGCUGGAGCAGCUCAACUCCAUCAUUCAGAUCGAUUUGCACGGGAACCCCUGGGAUUGCUCGUGCAACAUCGUGCCCUUCAAGCGCUGGAGCGAGAAACUCGGCGCCGACGUCAUCGUGAGCGACCUCAAGUGCGAGUCGCCGGAGGAGUUCUGGAAGCGCGACUUCCGCUACGUGAGGAACGACCUCAUGUGCCCCCGACUCUACGAGCGUGCGCCCCCACCCACCCCCGUGUCCAAAAACAGCAUUCACGCUGACUCGGGCACGCACUCCAACUCUUACCUGGAGCCCAACCGGGUCUCCAUCUCGGUGCUGGUCCCCGGAUUGCUGCUCGUGUUUGUCACGUCGGCGUUCACCGUGGUGGGAAUGCUCGUCUUCAUACUGCGCAACCGCAAGCGGUCCAAACGGCGGGAGGGGAACUCGUCCGCCUCCGAGAUCAACUCCCUGCAGACGGUGUGCGACUCCUCGUACUGGCACAGUGGGCCCUACCACGCGGACACGGGCCCGCACCGGGGCUUCGAUUGCACCACGCACCUUUCCGUGACAAACGACGCGUGAAGAGAAGGACGCACGGACCGGCGCCCGGACAAACCUCGAACGGGGUGUGGUUCCGGCUUUUGUUUUCACGGCGGCCCCAGCAGUGUAUAUUCUGUACAUGACAAUCCCGCUCCCACCCUUUGAACCUGGCUAACACCCCCCUUUGUACCUGGGAUAUCUGCCGCAAUCGAACUCUGUAUCAGACAUAAGAGGAUAUAUAGAUAUG